AUGGCGAAGGUUAGUUCUCGAACUGGAAUGACGGGCAGAAGAUGUAAUCUUUUUGUUUCCAGUUGUCCACAACUUGUUGCCUGCGUGUCAACGGCGGCCGGGGGACUAGGACUUUCACGCCUCGGACUCCCCUCGGACAAAAUGACAUUUUUGUAUUCCGUAAUUCUGGUGUGGUUUAUCCGUUGUCGGUGCUCAUUCUCGUUAUUUUCAGCUGCGAAACCACUGAAAUUCUCCCAAAAAAGCGAUGCAACUCAUGUUUAAUGUAAUUUCCUUCAAGAUAAUCACGUUUUCAGUGAUUUAUCAGAACUUCGGAGCCGACAAGAGAUCUUCAACGUACACUAUGAAAAAUGAUUUAAACUGCACAUGAGAUAAUUAAAAUUCUUUCGGAAAGUGGUAUAUUUUCAGAUUGACGGCAUUCCUGGUCAUGCACUUACGAUCACUGUUGUGUACAGGAAGAAUUCCAAUGAAAUAUCGCCGAGAUGUGCCUAAGAAUGUGGAGCACGUGCAUUUCAGGACUGUCAAGACCUACUGACAUGUCUGUCACACUCGUCCAAGGAAUCGUUGACCCGAAAAAACACUUUCAGCUGUUCGAUAACACUGUCGACGUCUUCUCCUCCGUGCCCGAGAAUUCCUCAUACACCUACACACUGGUUGUGAUGAUAUGAGUGCAAAACUGUAAAUUUGUCUCAUCUUUAUGCCGUUCCCUUCCGUAUCCUGCCGCUGGCAGUCGGCUUGCCUAGAGUUUCAAUGGACAGCACUGUGUCAAAGAUGCUAUUGCCGGUGUUUUGUGAAAUACACCCAUACCUUCAUAGCGGUAGAACUCCUGUGAACUUUGAAAUCAAUUACUUCGUUCAAUGAAAUCGCUUCAAAGAAUAGCAGAGUUCUCUAUCGAUAUUGAAUGCUAUUUCGUUGAGGAAGCACCGCCCCUCAUGAGAAACUUGUAUAAAUACCGUCUGAUGACUCAUUUCAGUCAGUUCUUCUGUUUUCUCCGGUCGAAAUAUCUUGUGAUUUUCAGAAAGAACUUGGAGCCGACAUUCAAAAAGAACGAAAUGAAUGCCUGGACCCUGGUGGUUCUGAUGCCAUUUAUGGUGUCCGCCAACAGACUUUUGGAGAUUUCUCAUGGCUUCGAAGUCAGUACGGAAGUCACUCUCCGUAUCGACAUUUCCGAACUGAUCCUCAAUGGUGAGACUGAUUAUUUAAAUUGUAGUUUAUAGAAAUGAAGCUAUUCCAGCGGAAACAGAUAAAUUUGCCAUCGAUAUGCUCAUUGGUGCAAAGGCUCCUAUCAACUUCCAACUCUUCGUCAGUGAACGCGCCGUCUUCGGGAAUAUAAAGCCGAUCACUGACCAAAAUCUCAUCUUCCAAGACGGAUGGCUCGAUUUUCUCUUAAUGAACAAUGGAUUCGGAACUCCAGACAAAACUAUGUGAGUCAUUAUUUCAUCAUCAAUCAAUAGUAGUUUCAGGAAUGGUUUCCUUGGGCCGUAUUUCGUUUUUUUCGAAAGGUUCAUCAAAACAAGACAUGUUUGCAGCAUUGAAAUCGCCAUCACGGCCACUGAGUACACUGUUGGACAGAUAAUUGUUAACUUGAUCGCAGAAGUGGUUCUUGAAGAACUCGCCCCCGUCAAAAGGCUGAUCGACGAGAAUGUUGUUCACCUCAACCACUACCCGCAGGAGGAGUUCAUGACUACCUACAGCUACCAGGUCCCGUUGACCAAGCAGAUGGAAUCGGGUGAGUUCUGACUAGGCAUACUCUCAGAACAGAAGUAGAAAAUAACUACAUAAAAGACCCUCGAAUCAGACGGAACUGAUUGAAAGACAAUCAUUUUCAGGCCUGGAAGUCAGGAUGGAAAGGAAACGUUCUGAUAAUGCUACGAUUUUCUUCGCCAAGUGUAACCUGCAGACGGUGGACUUCUUGACCUCUUCCACCGACCCGAAACUUGUCGUCAAGAUGAGCGCCUUCAUUCGUCUUCUUGGAUAUCUCAACUGCCCCACCGACAAGACCAAAUCGUGAGUUUUGUAAAGGCUUCUUGAAGAAUGCCGAUGGAACAUCUUUGCGAGUACUGUGCUCGUCUCGCACUAACCUUCCUUAGCUUCUUCUUUUUCAACCGUAAUUCUGCGUUUACAGCUUCAACAUCGUCAUCGUCACAGACACCGGAAUCCCAACCGUCGGGCUCCCGGCCAUCGCCAAGGACAACCUUUUAAUCACCAUUUUCAAAAUCUUCUUGGAGAUCAUUGUCUACUUUGAUAUUUUCUAUACAUUGAUUUACGUGAUCGAUGACAUUUUUAAUCACAUGGAUUAG